GGUUCUGAUUGACUCGCUCUCAGAACCAGAACCUCCAUCCUGGAUCCUCUGACUGGGGGAACGUUGAAUAUUUCCCUGGAGAAACAAAAAGCACCUUCCUUACUCCUGGCCCGUUUACCGCCUCCGGUUGCCAUGGCCACGGUUACCGAGGAGCCGGCCGGCAACCGGAGAAAGGAAACCCGAGCAGCAGAACCUCGAAGCCUCCAUCUUUAAUUCAUGGAGUAAAUGUUUAUCAGCAGCUCCGUGUCCGUGUUUCCAGACCCAAUCCGUCCGUCCAGCCGUCUGAAGCCCGUCUGACCCGUCAGGGCUCGGCGCCGGGGGAGGGGCCGCUCUCCGUUCAGACGGACUCUUUGUUCCCAGCAGACCCUCCAGCUGCAGCCGGCUCCGUUCAGGAUCUGGAAAACCGGGAAUUUCUUCAGCAGGACUGACUCUGGACCCUGAAGCCGGCGGUUCUGACCCGGAUCAAGGCCGAGGCCAGAGCCGCAGCCUGGUUUCACUGUUGGAGUGACGGCAGCGGGUCGGAUCAGGUUCUGUCACCCGAGCAACAGACAGUCGGAUCAGGGUUCUGACCGGGGCCAGGAUGUCCGGACGGGUCCGGAGGAGAACCUGAACAUGGCCGCCUGUGGACCGUAGAGCAGCCAGAACCAAUCCGACCAGAGUUCCCAGCAGACGUUCCAGAAGAGUCCGUUGCCAUGGUGAACACGGGGAUGCAGCUGAUCAGCUUCACCUGCGCGGUGACGGGCUGGAUCAUGGCCAUCGCCGUGACGGCGCUGCCGCAGUGGAAGGUGUCGGCGUUCAUCGGGAACAACAUCCUGACGUCAGAGAUGAAGUGGGAGGGAAUCUGGAUGAACUGCGUGUACCAGACCACCGGACACAUGCAGUGCAAGACCUACGACUCCAUGCUGGCGCUGCCGCCCGACAUCCAGGCGGCGCGCGCCCUCAUGUGCCUCGCCAUCUUCAUGGGCUGGCUGUCCUGCACCGUGUCCUGCUGCGGCAUGAAGUGCACCACCUGCGCAGGCGACGACCGCCGCGCCAAGGCCGGCAUCGCGCUGGCCGGCGGCGUCCUCUUCAUCCUGACGGGGCUGUGCGUCCUCAUCCCCGUCUCCUGGACCGCCAACACCGUGGUGCAGGACUUCUACAACCCCAACGUUCCCAUCAUGCACAAGCGGGAGCUGGGCCAGGCCAUCUACCUGGGCUGGGCCGCCGCCGUCAUCCUGAUGAUCAGCGGCGCCGUCCUGAGCAGCACCUGCCCGCUGAUGGAGCGCGGCGGCCGCUACCGCCGAGGGUACAUCGGCAGGAGCUUCGCCAACUCGCCGGAGCCGCCGAAGCCCAUUGCCUCCAACAGCCUGCCGAUGAAGGAGUACGUGUAGCAGGAGGAAGAGGAGGAGGAAGAGCAGGAGGAAGAAGAGCAGGAGGAGGAAGAGCAGGAAGAGGAAGAAGAGCAGGAGGAGGAA